AUGCUCAUUAUGAUAGGUUAGACUUUCUAAAAGCUUGGAAAUUCAGUAAAGAACAUACUGAUCAAGUUUAAAAUUAUUGGUAAAGAUUCAAAGAAAAAAUAAGUUCAAAUGAAUUAAUAAGAUAGGUUUUAGUCAACUUUUGAAAUGAGCAAAAGUGAUUUGAGCACUUUGAAUUUUGAUAAUACCAGAGAUGCCUUUGAAAUGACGAGAGAAGAUAUAACUACUACUAUUUAAAGAAAGAAAAAUUCCAAAAAUAAGAACAAUCCCAAAUUUAAAACUAAAACUAAUUCAAAAUUGGGAUCCUAAAUGAAAGGCUAUAAAAAUUACUAUUAGGAAAAAAUUCUCCAAAUUAGAAAUAGAAAAGGACAAAGUUUAAAUUAAAACCAAAAAAGUAAAUGCAAAAAAAAUGAUGCAAAAAAUUAAAAUAUAUAUCCAAAGGAGCAUUCACUUUCAUAAGUCAACUUCAAUAUAAAUCUUAAUCCUCUUAAUACACUGGAUUUAGAUAGAUUAGGCUUUGAGCAGACUUUAACAUAAAAAAUAGAAUCAUAAUCAACCUUUACUUAGCAACCGACAAAAAUAUAAUAGGAAAAUUUUGAUAAUCCAUUCUUUAUUCAUAAUCCAGUGUAUAAUAGUCUUUUUGAAUUGGAAAAUGACGAUCUAAACAUAGAAUAAAACUAGUUAACGUUUUAAAAAUCAUAAGAACAUAGAGAUGAAAUGUAAAAAAUUGAGGAUAAUUAUUUAGAGUAUUAAAGCUAGUUUAUAAAAUCUACAAAUAAUUUGAACUAGCUAGAGGCUAUAAUUAAUUUAAAACCAAACUUAAAAAAGUAAAAACGAAAUAUUAAAUGA